GCGACGAUGUGUGGUCGCGCGGUUUGAUGACGUCAGUAGCGUCACAGGCCGCUUCUCGGCGCCGGGAAAGACACCGACAGCGGCCGCGGUGAGAGGGCGGGAAGGCCCCGGGAGGCGGCGCCGUGACCUGGGCCCGAGCGUCAACAGGCCACAGGAUGGUGCAGCUCGGAUCUAUCUUCGCUGUAGCUGCCGCGAUGCUUGCGGCCACGCUCUUUUCCUCGGUGCAUAAAGUUGAAGAGGGUCACAUUGCAGUUUACUACAGGGGCGGUGCUUUGUUGAAAGCGACAAGUGGACCCGGUUUCCAUCUCAUGCUUCCUUUUAUUACCACCUUUAAAGCAGUUCAGAACACGUUGCAGACGGAUGAAGUGAAAAAUGUGCCCUGCGGCACGAGUGGUGGUGUAAUGAUCUACUUUGACAGGAUAGAAGUGGUAAAUUUCCUUGUCCCAAAUGCAGUGUACGACAUUGUGAAGAACUACACCGCAGACUAUGACAAAACUUUAAUCUUCAACAAAAUCCACCACGAGUUGAACCAGUUCUGCAGCGUGCACACCCUGCAGGAAGUCUACAUCCAACUGUUUGAUCAGAUCGAUGAGGACCUGAAGUUGGCACUGCAACAAGACUUAACUUCCAUGGCACCUGGCCUGAUCAUCCACGCAGUCAGAGUGACUAAACCCAACAUUCCAGAAACCAUCAGGAGGAACUAUGAACUGAUGGAGAGUGAGAAGACUAAGUUACUCAUUGCUGCUCAGAAACAGAAAGUGGUGGAAAAAGAAGCUGAGACUGAGCGGAAGAAAGCUCUUAUCGAGGCAGAGAAAGUUGCCCAAGUGGCUGAAAUUAAAUUUGCUCAAAUGAUAAUGGAAAAGGAAACUGAGAAAAAGAUUUCAGAAAUUGAAGAUUCUGCGUUCCUUGCGCGAGAGAAAGCCCGAGCUGAUGCUGAGUUUUACACUGCCCAAAGGGUGUCAGAAGCUAACCAGGUGAAGUUAAGCCCGGAGUACCUGCAGCUGAUGAGGUACCAGGCCAUUGCCUCCAACAGCAAAAUCUACUUUGGCAAAGACAUCCCCAAGAUGUUCAUGGAUUUAAGUCACUUUGUGCCCAGUGGCAAAGCAUCCGAGGAGGUGAAUGUGUGGCCCAAUAAAGUGAGAGAAAAGGCCAGUGAAGCAGUGGAUGGUCUAUAGUGAUCAGCUUCACAGAUGGAACCAGUUUGAACAUUCUUUGAAGAAACUAAAUCAAAAUGCACUGAGAAAAUUGAAAAAGGCAGAGUGACCUGCUUGUCCUCUCUGUUAACGUAAUUGUGGAGUCUAGAAUUCGGACCAGGUCCCUCCAAGGCAAACCUUCACUUUAUUACAUUCAAAUUGGAGCCUCCGGCCUCCCCACUCUGACCAGCUUCAAACCAUAAAUAGUGCAAAGUAUCUGCUGGCCCUGGAGACCCUUGUGUACUGCAGAGUGACCAGCGAAUCAAUCCCCUUCAAUAACCAGUGGAGAUGCCGGGGGCCCUGGAUUUGUAUUAUUAGGAAUUUGUCCUUUUAUCAUUGUGUUCACAGUAAAACUUGAUUCCCACGGCACAGGGCAAGAUGCCCCCCCAGCCCAGGGUGCGGAUUCCCCCCCCACCCUGGUGCCCCCCCCAGUGCCCAGGGUGCCCCUCCCCCUGGUGCCGCUCUGCCUGGUGCCCAGGUGAGGACGUGGAGCUGGUCCUGCCCCUGAUCUGACUGUAUUGAUUGGUGUUGGUAACAAAUUAGAGACUUGGAGUGACUGUUGAUCAGGCUCCAGUCUGACUCACUCUUAUUGACUGUAAUAAACUGAUUUGGUGA